GGCCAAGUACGGUUGCGACGCUGCUCUCUAUAUUGUAUACGGAGUACGACUCUGUCAAAAGGAACGAUUACGGAUAUAGGUUGGCGAUUCGAAACCUGUCAAUCUGCGUGUGCCACUCUCCCGCGUCUGCAGUGCCAAGUGGUUCGUCGUCCGACGUCCGGCGUCUGAUAGAUCCAGGGGUCCAUCCUAGGCGGCUGACCUGAUUUUGGAUGUCUUGGACCCCACAAUGCAAUGCAGGUAUAAUUCCUCCAGUGCCCUCCCCCAUGUGGACUGCUCAACCUGCGACGCCAGAACCCCAGUCCAACCUAGCUCUGUUCAGAGAGCAAAGCGAAAUGAGCAGACACACCAGGGAGCACACCGCCAAGCACCUGCCACCCGUUGCCUCUUCACCUUCAGCCACUCUCAGAGCUUCUCACGACCGGAAGACGGAGGAAAUCGUAGAUCUGCAAGUCGGUGAGCGACACGAAGCGAGAGGCACUGUAUGGACAAUCUCAUGGUUCAACCCCUGUCGUGCCUGGGUUCGUCCGCCCGAGGUCUUCUUAGCCUUCUUCACUGUGUGGGGCUCCUCUCAUAGCUCUCUCUAUUCUUCCUUGUCGCUCUUGUUCUUGUCCUCCCCACACGGGCGCAAGGAUAGGGGACUCAUGUAUCUGCGGUAACGACGUUUUGACGGCUGAUGGAAAAAAGAAAUGGCGAGGAGAUUGGGGGCAGCGACAAGGGGAAGCUGGUUUUUGUCUUUUUUGGAGGCAAUGAACAACGACAUGGGAGGGUGUGUGUUCUGUACGGAUACCUACGAAUAGACUGUAACGGAACUAUGGGACGGGAAGAAACGCAAAUGGGAAACGCGUCGGGAAGGAAUGUGAUCCGUUGACGUUUACAUCCAAGCUCGAGGAAAGCUCUGCAGAAUUGCAGUGCAGACCGCUCAUGUUGGGCCCCGUUUCUUGAUUUGCUGGACAGAGAGUCAGAGGUUCAAGGCAAUCGGUGUAAGCCCGUUGGCUGGAGCCUCACCAAGAACUAAUAUUCGAG